AUGGCAAACUUUUAUUUGUUCCUCACCUGCGCGCUGAUGCUCGCGGUGUGUUGGCGCACAUCCACAGGAUCCCCGGUGCCCACUGCGACCAGUUUAAGCGCAGACAAGUGCGGAGAGUGCUCGGAGCUGUCCAAGGCGCUCCUGCGGAAGAUCACAGAGCUCUUGAACAAUGAGGAUCUGUUUACUGGCGUCAGGCGUAACGCUCACCCUGUGGUGGAUCGUAAAGGUGAAACAGCUCUGGUGUGCGCACCCAGUCUGGCACAGCAUUCAAGCUGCGCAACGCUGAGUAAUACAUCCUUCAGUGAGAGUACCUGUUUGGAGAACAUCAUGAAGGACUUGACCCACUAUGCUGCUGUUCUGAAGUCCUACAAACAAAUCAGCCCUAAAACAGAAGCAGCACUACUUGACCCAACACUGAAAAUUAUACAGAGCCUGCUGGAGAAAUGCUCCCUGACACCAGCUGAAGAGAAAGAAUCUUCGGAGGAGAACAUCGCCCAGAUGUGGGAGGGCAACCGCUUCGACCAGAGGUGGAAAAUGUACCGGGUGAUGAAGGGCUUCCAUAUCCGCACCAUCACCAUCAACCGGGCAAUGGGCUACAUCUCCUCAGGUGACCACAGGAACUAA